AUGCAAAGUGACUUUGAUCGAUACAUCAUCACAGGUCCUGUACCUUCUCCUGCAGCACAGCCUGGAGCCCGACUCCUGCAUGGUGGUAGAAAUUACAGCCCAGGAGGCUCCAUAGUGAAGGGUUGUCAGAGGAGGACACGCCUGCCCCCAGAUGAAUGUACCAGGAACUCAGAGAAACAUCUGAUAUCUUUAGAUUUUAAAGUAGAGGAUUGUGGUAUCACACGAGUUACAUUUGAAGAGCAUGCCAAUAUCCAAGAUAUACCCUCAUCCAAUCACAGCAACAAUGCAUCAUUUGAUCCUUUUAAACAAGUCCAAUCUUCUGAUUCAUCACAGACUGAAACACAGAAUAAAAGUCACAAAAGAGGGAGGCCAUUUUCCUGUUCAGAAUGUGGGAAAUGUUUUAUCCAUAAAUCACAUCUUGUUGUACAUCAGAGAAUUCACACAGGGGAGAAGCCAUUUUCAUGUUCAGAAUGUGGGAAAUGUUUUAACCAUAAAUCGGCUAUUGCUAAACAUCUGAGAAUUCACACAGGAGAGAAGCCAUUUUCAUGUUCAGAAUGUGGGAAAUGUUUUAACCAUAAAUCACAUCUUGUUAUACAUGAGAGAAUUCACACAGGAGAGAAACCAUUUUCAUGUUCAGAAUGUGGGAAAUGUUUUAAGAGUAAAUCAGAUCUUGUUAUACAUCAGAAAAUUCACACAGGGGAGAAGCGAUUUUCCUGUUUAGAAUGUGGGAAAUGUUUUAACCAUAAAUCACAUCUUGUUGUACAUAAGAUAAUUCACACAGGGGAGAAGCCAUUUUCAUGUCCAGAAUGUGGGAAAUGUUUUAACCAUAAAUCGGCUAUUGCUAAACAUCAGAGAAUUCACACAGGAGAGAAGCCAUUUUCAUGUUCAGAAUGUGGGAAAUGCUUUUACAAUAAAUCAGAUGUUGUUAUACAUCAGAGAACUCACACAGGAGAGAAGCCAUUUUCAUGUUCAGAAUGUGGGAAAUGUUUUAACCAUAAAUCACAUCUUGUUGAACAUCUGAGAAUUCACACAGGGGAGAAGCCAUUUACAUGUUCAGAAUGUGGGAAAUGUUUUAACCGUAAAUCAUAUCUUGUUAAACAUCAGAGAAUUCACACAGCAUAGAAGCUAUUUUCAUGUUCAGAAUGUGAUAUGUAUUUCAACCAUAAAUCAUCUCUUAGUAACAUCAAAAAACCCACAUAUAAGCGAAGCCAUCUUC